CACAGAGUUUAGGGUUUAGCAGCGAAACAAAUCAGAAGAAGAGAAAGAGAAAAUCGAAGGUAGAAGAAGCAAUGGAGGGUCUGACGGAGGCAGUGAACGACAUGCACGUCACGGAGUCGGCGGCGAACAAGAAGAAUCAUCGCCUCCAGAAUCGCAUCCAAGUCUCCAACACCAAGAAACCCCUCUUCUUCUAUGUCAAUCUCGCCAAGAAGUACAUGCAGCUCAACAAUGAGGUCGAGCUUUCCGGUCUCGGAAUGGCUAUUGCUACAGUUGUCACCAUUGCUGAGAUUCUCAAGAACAAUGGAUUGGCUGUCGAGAAGAAGAUCAUCACCAAAACUGUUGACAUGAGGGAGGAUGCAGGAGGGCGCCCAAUUCAGAAAGCAAAGAUUGAAAUACUGCUUGGAAAGUCAGACAAGUUUGAUGAGAUACUGGCUGCUGCAGCUGAGGAAGCCAAUGAAUAUGAGGACCAGAGUUGAAAUGUGCUGUUUCAGAUUGCAGUAACUGAUAACUUCUUUUAAGCUGUGGAUGUCUAACUUCUGUUCGUAGAUUGGCUUCUCCAAGUGAUUUUUGUUUAGCUAUUAUAAUAUCAACUUUCUCGUUUAGGAAUUGUUGUAAGAUGCAGUUCUCUCUGCUAAAUUUGAAUAUGAAGAGUUCAGUGUUGGAUCAGUUCAGUGUUUGAGAAUCUUAUAAUAUGAAGACUUUGAGUUUUCUUUGCUGGU